AUGCACACAUUUUCCACAUUACCUGUCGAACUAGUUUAUCGAAUUAUGGAUCAUCAAAAUGACCGGACGCUAUUUUGUUCAAUGCAAAAUAUCUGUCGACGGCUCAAUCAGAUCUUGAGUACUUACCAGCGAUAUCAAACACUCACCACACUUAACCUCCAACGGAACCGAAUCCGUGCUGAAGGAGCGCAACACAUUGCGCAUGCGUUGCGAACGAAUACGACACUCACCACACUUCACCUCGAUAGGAACCGAAUCGGUGAUGAAGGAGCACAACAAAUUGCUAAUGCGCUGCGAACGAAUAAGACACUCACUACACUUGGCCUCUGGUGCAACGAAAUCGGUGCUGAAGGAGCACAACAAAUUGCUAAUGCGCUGCGAACGAAUAUAACACUCACUACACUUGACCUUAGUUGGGACGAAAUUGGUGACGAAGGACCACAACACAUUGCUAAUGCGCUGCGAACGAAUACGACACUCACCACACUUCACCUCGAUAAGAACCGAAUCGGUGCUGAAGGAGCACAGCAAAUUGCGGAUGCGUUGCGAACGAAUAGGACACUCACCACACUUAACCUCGAUGAGAACCGAAUCGGUGAUGAAGGAGCACAACAAAGUGCAGAUGCGCUGCGAACGAAUAAGACACUCACUACACUUGGCCUCUGGUGCAACGGAAUCGGUGAUGAAGGAGCACAGCACAUUGCUAAUGCGCUGCGAACGAAUACGACACUCACCACACUUCACCUGCAUGAUAACGAAAUCGGUGCUGGAGGAGCACAGCACAUUGCUAAUGCGCUGCGAACGAAUAAGACACUCACUACACUUGACCUCUGGGGCAACGAAAUCGGUGCUGAAGGAGCACAACACAUUGCUAAUGCGCUGCGAUCGAAUACAACACUCACUACACUUCACCUUAGUUGGGACGAAAUUGGUGACGAAGGACCACAACACAUUGCUAAUGCGCUGCGAACGAAUACGACACUCACCAAACUUCACCUCGAUAAGAACCGAAUCGGUGCUGAAGGAGCACAGCAAAUUGCGGAUGCGUUGCGAACGAAUAGGACACUCACUACACUUCAUCUCUGGUGCAACGGAAUCGGUGAUGAAGGAGCACAGCACAUUGCUAAUGCGCUGCGAACGAAUACAACACUCACCACACUUCACCUCAAAUGGAACGAAAUCGGUGCUGGGGGAGCACAACACAUUGCGGAUGCGCUGCGAAUGAAUACGAGACUGACCACACUUCACCUAAGUGGGAACCGAAUGGGUGCUGCAGGAGCACAAUAUUUUGCGGAUGCGCUGCGAUCGAAUACAACACUCAUCACACUUGACCUGCGUGAUAACGAAAUCGGUGCUGGAGGAGCACAACACAUUGCUAAUGCCCUGCAAACGAAUACGACACUCACCACACUUAACCUCGAUGAGAACCGAAUCGGUGCUGGAGGAGCACAACACAUUGCGGAUGCGUUGCGAACGAAUAUGACACUCACGACACUUAACCUCAGUUGGAACGGAAUCGGUGAUGAAGGAGCACAACACAUUGCGGAUGCGUUGCGAACGAAUAUGAGACUCACGACACUUACUCUCGGGGUGAACCAUAUCGGUGAUGAAAUAGCUCAACAUAUUGCAGAUGCAUUGGGAAAGAAUAUAAGCGCCAAGAUGGUAUAG